AUGACGACACCAAACGACACCAAUGAAGAGUCUUCUCCUCCUCGCUCUGUGUAUCGAGGAGUGCUAUCUUUGUUCAAAAAGGAACAAGAGUAUAAACUGCAUCCUUUUGAUUUGGAGUUGCUGACUACCACGAAACUGCUGCUGAGAAAAGGAUCACGACGACAAGCGAAGAAUAAGGACAUCGAGGCAUCUUCUGCUGAAGCUAAGAGUGCCGAGACUGCUGCACUGGAAGAUCAGAUUGCAAAGACGGAAAUCACGCUGCUAUUCUUCUUUCAUGCCACCCAACCACACUCUCUAAAGUUGCGACGAACUGUAGCAAAUUUCUGUAAUGAUCACUCGGACACAGUUCACUGCUUGGCGCUCUUCGGUGGCGACUCAGAGGCUCAAACUGAAACAGAAAAAGCAGAUAUGGAUGUUUUCUUGCAAGGAACAGGUUUCACGUACUUUAGUGACACCAACAACAAUGCCAAUACGGUUCUCAGGUUCCUCGAUGUUACCCAAAUACCGUCUCUGGUUGUCAUUCCACACGCCACUGGCCACCCAAUUAUGGGCCAAGAAGCUGCUCUGGAAUGGAAUGCGGUGGAGCCUUCGUCUGCAGAAGAUUUGUUGCAACGAUGGAAGGGAGGAGGUUCUGGAAUGAGUCUUUCCCAAUCGAUUCUUUCGGGAGCCCUUGGGGGUUCAUCUUCGGCUUGCUCCAUCAUGUGA